AUGGCACCUGUACUUCCGCCAGCGGUAGGCUGUGUCAGUCUGACCAGAUCAGAAGCUACAAACAGCUAUGAAGUGAACGCCAAUCAUAACAAGCCACCCCAUUUCUGCAUCGUUCUUCCCGAGGAGGAAAUCAAGGGUGGAAACCGAUACACAAUAACAGUUGAACUGAUGAAUGUGAUCGGACAGGAUGGCGUAAAUUUUGGACACCCUGGAGUGAUGUACAAUGUUAUUGACAAAAGCAAUUUUGAUUUUGUUUACUUCAGGCUUCAUAAGCAAGACAUAUGCUAUCAGCCUGGUUACGUUUUAAAGGGAAGUAUAAUUAGGACCAAGGAGGCCUCCUGUCCCAAUGGUAGUCUAAGUGGUGGAGUUUGGUUCACUGCUCGAGUUGAAGUUAGAUCAGAUAAAAGCGUCGAUAUCUACCUCAACAAUGAUCUUGGGACGUCACUGACAGCUCAUCAUAGCACAAAGGCUCGAGGAGGAGUACUUGUUCAAAAUAGCUGCCAAAACAUAAUCCAGUUUAGAAAAUUUAGCUUGACCGACGCCAUCUAG